AUGUUGAGCGUACAGGCAAGUGACGUAACGAAACCGUUCUUCCACCACUUGCAAGUUAGUUUCCCAAAGAGAACCACUCGCGACUCCCGCAACAUCCAAUCCUCAACCACGCCCUCUGACGCCCCCCAAACUUCCCCACGACUCUUAUAUCAAGACAUGGUAUCCCACUUCCCACUUCCCAAUCUCCGUCUCAUGUACCAAGUCGUCUCUCCCUCCGUUUCCUCCCCAGAAACCCCGAAACCUCUAAAUCAUCCCCAAACCAAAACUGCCCCCCCCCUCACACCCAACACCCCUAUCACCUCCACGGCUCAUGACUCGGUACUCAUUCCUGCUCCCAAGCCACCAAGACAUAAAGUUCUCUCUUCCCGAAUAUUACCCCACAAACUCCAUCUAUCCGGCCCCACAUACCCAGCCUGUACACCUGCCAAGCCCUGA